GGCAAUCUUUGUAAUAUGAACUAGUUAUCUAUCUGUGGUGGUAUAACAAAGAAUAUUCUGUCAGCUUGACAGGGCAACAAGACGAACUCCCAUGUUGACAGGUAGUCGGACAUGCCGAAAUCCAUCGAAAUGGUGCUAGGCACAUAUUAUGCCACUUGCUCUUGUGCUCCUGCAUUAUUUUGUGUAUAUAGUCCCAGCCUCCACCACCGGAUAUGCAGGGAUGCACGCAGUCCGUCAUGCUCCUAUGUGAAAGAAAUGGCGAGCAAAUUUCACCUCGGGAUAGGGUGUCCAAUGGUCGGGCAGCAUGUUAUAGUUUGGAUAUUGGAGCCGGGAAAGAGAUUUCGAGAGGCUUCGAGUAGAGAUGCCUUUCAUGUCAUCGGUACGUUGUCGAACAAUAUAACGCCGGGGAAAGCAUGGGAACGAAGGUCCUCUCAAGGAGUUGAGGUCGCAACCACAUUCAUUCCUUCGAUGUUUGUUUCCACAAGACCAACCUGUCGUUGCGUUUUAAAGAGAGAUCGUGUUUCGUCAUGCAGGUUCGUUUCUAUGUGAGGUGCGUUAGUGACACAACUUCGGUCAGCAAGAACGCUUCUCUGAGCCUGGAAUGCCUCUAUUAGUACUCUUACCAAGCCAGUUGGUGGCCCGUGGAGCUUAGCAUAAUGUUCCCAGUUCUU